GCUUUGGAAAGCCUGAAGACUUCCCAUUCAAGGCCACUGAGAGAAAAUCUUUAUUGUACUUGUCGUUUUUUUUUUGGUAUUUGAAGUCUUUAACCUAAAAUCACAUAUAAGAGAAAAGAGAAAAACGAAUGGGUUGGAGCGGAGAAAGACGAAGACAUGUGGUAACAUUUUUUAGAGUCUUGUUAGUGUUGCUGGCGGUGGUGCAAACGACGGCGUUUCAAGGGGUUAAACUGAAGAAGAAGGAGCACCGGAACGCGUACGCGACGAUGAUGUACAUGGGGACGCCCAGAGAUUACGAGUUCUACGUCGCGACACGUGUCUUGAUCAGAUCCCUUGUUAAUCUCCAAGUGGACGCUGAUCUCAUCGUCAUUGCCUCCCUCGACGUUCCCCUCCGUUGGGUUCGUGCACUGGAAGAGGAAGAUGGAGCAAAGGUAGUGAGGGUGGAGAACCUUAAUAACCCUUACAAAGGUCAAGAAAAUUUCGAUAAGAGAUUCAAGUUGACACUGAAUAAACUAUAUGCCUGGAGUUUGGUGGACUAUGAUAGAGUUGUCAUGCUUGACGCUGACAAUCUUUUUCUACAGAAAACCGAUGAAUUGUUCCAAUGUGGGCAGUUUUGUGCUGUCUUUAUCAACCCCUGCAUCUUUCAUACUGGCCUCUUUGUGUUGCAGCCAUCGCGAGAGGUAUUUAAAGACAUGGUCCAUCAACUGGAAACUGGUAAAGAAAACCCUGAUGGUGCUGACCAGGGAUUCAUUGGUGCUUACUUCCCUGACUUGCUCGACCAGCCCAUGUUUCACCCACCAUUAAAUGGGUCCAACCUAGAUGGGCAAUACAGACUUCCUCUGGGAUACCAAAUGGAUGCUUCUUAUUACUAUCUUAGACUUCGUUGGAGAGUACCUUGUGGACCCAACAGUGUGAUCACUUUCCCUGGUGCACUAUGGUUGAAGCCAUGGUAUUGGUGGUCUUGGCCUGUCCUGCCUUUGGGCAUUCAAUGGCACGAAAAUCGUCGUCAAACUCUAGGGUAUGCAGCUGAGAUGCCGGUUAUAAUAGUCCAAUCGAUUAUUUUCCUUGGAAUAUUAGCGAUGACACAUCUAGCACGCCCCAGCAUCUCCAAACUAUGCUACCGAAACUCAGACAAAACCACAUCUUUGAUCCAAACUGGUCUAAAAUUUAUGGCAAUCUGGUCUAUUCUUGCAGCUUAUAUAGUUCCCUUCGCUAUUAUUCCUCGCACGAUUCACCCAUUAGUAGGCUGGACACUGUAUUUCCUUGGUUCCACUGCUCUUUCGUCUAUAGCAAUCAACUCGUUCUUGCUGCCUGCCAUCCAAGUCUUCGUUCCUUUGGUUGGGAUUUUUGGGUCUCUUCUGGUCAUGGCAUAUCCUUGGUACCCUAAUGGAGUUGUAAGAGCUUUAGCUGUUUUCGGCUUUGCGUUUUGUUAUGCCCCUAUUGCUUGGGGUUCGGUGGGUAAGGUCAUGGCACGUCUUCAAGUCUCACUCGAAAGGGAACAAUUUUUACCAAAAUUGGCUGAAUCUUCACCACCUUCCGGCUUCAACAAGUUGUAUUGAGACUCAGACUAGAUAUAAUGCAAAGGAGACAUUUAAUUAGAUUGUUUUUGCUAAUACAAUGUUUUGUCAUCUAAUUAAUUUCUUUGAUAAUCACCAUACAAUUUUAUGUAUAAAUUUCACUGUUUUUCCUCAUUUUCAAAAUGACAAUUUCAUAUUUGAUGCACUCAA